AUGGCGGUGGCUGGGGACCGACAGCCGGGCCCGCACGCCAGCGCUGGGGCCACUAAUGCCGGUGUGCACCUUCCAGGCGCUGGCGCUGUGGGCCCCAGCCUCCUAAGGAUUAUGGCCUCUCUUCUCUAUCAUCUUACAGGCCUUGUAGAAAUUUGCUUGAUGCACCCCCUCGAUGUGGUGAAAACCAGGUUCCAAAUUCAACGAGGAAAAUCUGAUCCAACCAGUUACAAGAGCUUGGGAGACAGUUUCAGAACCAUUUUCCGAACUGAGGGAUUGUUUGGUUUCUACAAAGGCAUACUCCCUCCAAUCUUGGCUGAAACACCUAAAAGGGCAGUAAAGUUUUUCACCUUUGAACAAUACAAGAAAUUACUAGGAUACAUUUCACUGUCACCAGCACUGGCAUUUGCAGUCGCUGGCUUGGGAUCUGGGUUAACAGAAGCGGUUGUGGUGAACCCCUUUGAAGUGGUCAAGGUUGGUCUACAGGCAAAUCGGAAUACUUUUGCAGAGCAGCCAUCCACUUUUGCGAAAGCUCGGCAGAUUAUUCAAGCCAAUGGGUUCGGACUCCAGGGGCUCAACAAAGGGUUAACUGCCACCCUGGGACGCCAUGGAGUUUUUAAUAUGGUUUAUUUUGGAUUCUACUUUAAUGUAAAAAACAUCAUUCCUGUCAAUAAGGAUCCAACCUUGGAGUUUCUGAGAAAAUUUGGAAUUGGGCUAGUCUCAGGAACAAUAGCUUCAAUUAUUAACAUCCCGUUUGAUGUUGCAAAAAGUCGAAUUCAGGGACCCCAGCCGAUUCCCGGAGAGAUCAAGUACAGAACCUGCUUUAAAACUAUGGCAACGGUCUAUAAAGAAGAAGGAUUUCUAGCUUUGUACAAAGGACUGGUCCCUAAGAUUAUGAGACUAGGCCCAGGUGGUGCAGUGAUGCUUCUGGUUUAUGAGUACACUUAUGAAUGGCUUCAAGAACACUGGUGAUACAAAGCUUCACUCCCAAAGCAACAUUCUGUUUAAAGCAAUUUA